AUGAGUGCCCGGGCCACACGCCCCCGAAGCCGGCGAGGGAGGCACGCUCCGUCUGGGGAGCUGGAUCCUGUGGCAGAGAGUUCAGAGGAGGCUGAGGCAGCCAGCGGGAGUUCUGAGCUGGGCCCUGCGCCAUCUCAGGAGAGCUGCAAGCCAAAGCUGCUGGGGCCAGAGGCAGAAGCCAGUGGGCAGGGCCUGGGGAACAGGACCAACAAAGAGGCUGAAGGGGACUCUAGCAGAGGACUGGCCCCAUCUCCUGAGGGACGCUGCAAGCCCGCAGAGGAAGGCCAGCAGGCCACAGAUGUAGCCCCGCCGGGUGGGGAGACUGUCCUCCCCAAGCCUGAAGCCUCUGACAUGUUUCAGAUUCUCCAGCGCACUCUGAGCUCGCUGGAGGCAGCUGCUGCUACCUGGCACCACCGGCCCCCAAUCUGUCCUGGGCCGUCGGAGGCUGAGGACAGAAGUGAGGUGGGACCCAGGCCCUGCUUGGAGGAGGAGGGGGCAGGGGGUUGCUGGAGGGAGGCAGCCCGCCUGGCGGAGAGGAAUGACUGGCUGCGAUUAGCCUUGGGCAGCCGCGAGGAGGAGCUGAUUCGCAUGCAGGCCUCGCUGCAGGCCAUCCAGGCUGAGAAGGAGAUGCUGCAGAGAGAGGUCCAGGAGCUGCAGGAUUCCCUGCUGAAGCCGGAACCUUUCCCACCUCCCGCCCAGGGCCAAGCAGGGGGCUCAGGCAGUGGCUCCAGCAGUUCUGGGGUAGAUGAGGAGCCCUGGGGGACUCAGCAAGACCCCUUCUCUCUGGCUCACCCCCUGCUCCGGCGCCUCCGGAGUGAUUCCAGUGCUCAGAUGCUUGGACCCCUCCCCACUCAACCCCUCGCCCCUGAGAUACACAUCAUGGAAGCCCAGAUGGAGCAGCUCCAGGGGAGCAUUGAGAAGCUCAAAUGUUUCAACCGUCUGCUGUCAACUGCGCUGCAGGCGUACAAGGGCCGGUGUGAAGGCCUGAGCAUGCAGCUGGGCCGGCGGGAGGCUGAAGCCACAGCGCUGCGUCUGGCCUUGCAGUACAGUGAGCACUGUGAGGAGGUGUACGGAGUCCUGCUCACUCUCCGGGAGGCAGACUCAGGAGCAAGAGAGGAGGCCCCUAAGGGGGACCUGGAUGUGGCAGAGAAGGAAGCCCAGAGGCUGCUGGCACAAGAGGAUGCUGCCAUGGAUGGAGAGACACCACGGGAUCCACAGCCAAGCCCCGAGGGCAGUAGUGUGGAUCGGCCCACACCACAGGAGGUGGCUACCCAGCUCUGGGGCUAUAUCCAGCGUCUCCGGGCUCGCCGUGCUCUGGUGAAGAUCCCCACAGAGCCUGGCCCAACUUUGGCACCCGUGCCCACUGUGCCUCAUGCAGAAGCCAUGGUGCAGGCCAUUCUGGGGACCCAGCCUGGCCCGGCCCUACCCCGGUUGGAGAAGAUGCAGAUCCAGCAGGACUUGGCAGCCACACGGGAGACUCUGGCAGACCUGAUGCUGCGGCUGCAGUUGGUGCGGCGGGAGAAGCGGGGUCUGGAGCUGCGUGAGGCUGCCCUCCGAGCCCAGGGCCCAGCCCACAUGCUCCUGCUCGAGCAGCUGCGGUGGGAACGGGCACAGCUCGGGACUGGUGGGGCCAGCCGUAGUGGUGGAGACAGCAGUGGAGGUGGGAGCAGUGGAGACGAAGAGGAGUUGUCCCAGGGCCCUCCUGCUAUCCUUGGUGGAAGCAGGGGCAUUGAUGGAGGCCAGGUGGGCCAAGCACAGGGACCGGAGACUCUAGCCCAGGAACUGGCAGCGUCACUUAACCGGGCCCUGGGCUUGCGGGAGCAGCUGCAGUCUCUGCGGGAGGAACUGGAACAGGUGGCUCAGAAGGGGCGAGCCAGACGUGCUCAGAGUGCUGAGCUGAACAGCGAUUUAUGCAAGGCUCACAGUGCCCUGGUCCUGGCCUUCCGAGGCGCCCACCGGAAGCAGGAAGAGCAGCAGAGGAAGCUGGAGCAGGAGGUGGCAAUAAUGGAGGCUCGCCAGGCAGAGGAGCUGGAGGUGUUAGAAGCCACCGCAAGGGCACUGGGGAGGCCCAGACCACCCUGCCGGCCUCCUCGGCUCGGGGAGACCUUUCUGUAG